CUGUAGCUAGCUAGGAAGUUGAUGUCAUCCCAUUUCACAUGAUGUGUAGCGACGUCCAAACAUCAAAACAUUGCUAGCAAAUUGUAAAAAAAAAAAAAUGGAUAGUAACAAUAUAAUUCCAUUAAAUAACGACAGUAGACGCUGUAUUUUCUUUAAUACAGAUUCUGACGACUAUCGAUGUGUGGUGAUUCUCACAGUGAAGCGAGCCACAGGCACCUUCUCACUGAUAGGAUGCUUUUUCAUGCUGUUUGUAAUCUGGCUUCUCCGCCGGUAUCACUCCUUGGCCCAGAAGAUGAUUUGCAGUCUGACAGUUGCGGCCUUCUUUGACAGUGUAGCGUAUGUCAUCGGUGAUACCCAUCCAGAGGGGAGUCUGUGUAACUUCCAGGCCUGGUGGCUCACUUAUUUUGACUGGAGUGCCUUGGCCUGGGUGUGCCUGAUCACAGUGAACCUCUACCUUAACCUGGUCAAAGAGAUGAGCACCAGCCGCUACGAGCUACUGUACCACCUGAUGGCCUGGGGGGUGCCCCUGGUGAUGGCCUCCCUGCCCCUGUUCAGUGGAUACUACGGCCCAGCAGGAGCCUGGUGCUGGAUCACAGGCAACCACGUAGCUUGGAGAUUUGGGAUAUGGUACGUCCCACUCUUCACCCUCAUCUUCCUCAUGAUCUGCUGCUAUGCCAGAAUAAUCUACGUAGCCAAUGAGAGGAUGCAGUCAUGGUUUGGCACCUUUAACCCAGAGAGGGAGAGGAGAAAGGUGUCUUUGGCUGAGGAGAUAAAGCCGUUGAAGUGGUAUCCAUCCGUUUAUCUCCUGGUGUCUCUGUUCCCCCUCAUCAACAGGCUCCAUAAUGCGUUCUACCCCCAGGACCCAGUGUUCUCUCUUACUUUGCUCCAUGUCCUUUCAGCCCCUCUCCAUGGCUUGGCCAACGCAUUCGUCUUUGGCCUGGACAGAGACACCUGGAGCCAGCUCAGUCCUACAGGCAUACAGUUGGCGCUGCAAUCUCGGCUGUGUGACAGGACGCGUAUCAGGGAGUACCAUCCUGGGGCGGUGCACUACACACAGGCUGAGCUGGGGGACUUCAGUGACGAGGAUGAUGAUGACACCAACGUCCUUUUCUACUCCCCUGACAUGACCCUGAAAGACAGAGGACCCUAAGAGAGAGAGAGACAGACAGACAGACAGACAGACAGACAGAGAUUAAUUCUGAGGGGGGAUACGUAGGGAGGAAGAGAGAAGGGGAGCAAAGGAGGGAUAGUGAGGGGUUUCUGUGGUAGAUCUGUCAGGAUCCAUUAUUAAUCCACAUCCUUUACUAUUUAAUAACCUCCAACUACACACACACACACACACACACACACACUAUACUGCCUUUCUGUCUGACUUACACAGCAUCGUAACAGAACCAGCGAAGCAGCUAUAGUGCUUUAAACAGCCUUCAAACCUAAUGCUACACACUAGCCUGGGUAACAGUCUGACUCUGCUUCAGUCCUAGUCAACAACUGCAGAGCUGGCUAAGGAAACAACAGGCUGUCCUGGUACCCAGGCUAGCAUAUCACUAGUCCCAAGGGGCUUCCUCUCCUCACCUCCUUUCCUUCAUCUGCACUGAUUUGAAAAGACAGGAUAGGUGAAAGCAAAAUGUGUGUUUAAUGUUCAAAGGAGAGGAAAACAGUUAAGACUAUUGACAUGUACCCAGGUACUGCAUAGUCACGCUUACAGGAUUAAUUUAUCUCUCCAUGUUAUUUUUACAUUCACAUGUUUUUUGUCAUUUAGCAGACGCUCUUAUCCAGAGCGAUUUACAGGAGAAAUUAGAGUUGAGUGCCUUGCUCAAGGACACAUCGACAGAUUUUUCACCAAGUCGGCUUGUGGAUUUGCACCAGUGACCUUUCGGUUACUGGCCCAACACUCUUAAACCUCUAGACUACCUGCUGCUUAUGCUAUUAGCUUGUGUUUAUUAUGUUAUAUAUGGCUUCUUUUUCAUACUGUAUGACUACUGUUAGCAAAUCCCUCCCAAGAACAUGUUGCGAUCACGAUAAUGCCCAGCAUUAUAUGUGACUUACUGAGCUCUGAGGGUUAUAAUACAACGCAAGUUAAACAAGUUAGCUAGCUUACCUGAAUAUUCUGAUAUAACUUUUUAUUUGUUAGAAAGAUAAGCUUGAAAUGGGCAUGGUCUAAUUGACUCGACAACCAAAACUAAGUUUAGCUUUCUUAAUUAACCAGAAAAUCAGUAGUUAUUUCUGGUUGUUUAUCAGUUAGCAGGCUAACUCAUUGAUCUUGCUUUGUAGUAGAAGCCUCUGUUGCUGAUGCUACAGUAGCUGACCAUACAGCUUCUCUAACUCAACAUGCAUAAAAGGCCUCCAUUCAAAACAGACAGAUAAAUGGAGGGAGACAAAAUGCAAAGAAGGGGAGGGAGUGAAGAGAUAUCUUAGAACAAUUCAUGUCCCAACGAUAGCUGGGGAUUUAAACCAACCAAAUCCACUAUUUGAACCGCUUAACUUCUAUCAUAUCUGUUGUUGUCUUUACAUAUGGCUUUACUAAUGUUGCUACUCUUGUAAAAUGUCCAUUGUUUUUUGUACUUUUAUGCAUCUGUAUGUUGUUUUUCCAUGAAAUGCUGUGGUCUGCCCACAGGUUUGAGUUUGUUUGAUAAACUGUUAUACUGUAUUUAUAAGAGACAAUGUACUGUAUAUAUAUAUAUUAGUGUAUACGCUAUAUUUUUGUAUGGAUGCUUUUGACUGGAAUGUGAAAAGGUUAACUUGACCCCUAAAUGGUCUCCAUGUCCUCCUGUUUAGGCCUCAAUGGGGGUGGAAGCAGUACAAUUGAACACACACACUUUCUUAAAAUGUGUCUCACACACUUACACUCUUUCUUUGAUGCCUGUCUCACACAAAUGCAUGUACACACUCACACACACACUCACACACACACACUCACACACACUCACACACACUCACACACACACACACACACACACUCACACACACUUUGACACACAGUCACCUGUCUCUUUGAUGUAGCGGCUGCCACAAGGACAGUAGGAGCCUCUGACGGCCUGUCAUUUACCUUCGACACUAUGUCAUUGGCUGACAUCUAGAGAACCGCAAUGUGAUUAGCAGGCUAUUAGAGGUGCUGUGUGGUUGACGGGCUGAUGAAAAGAGAGAUGUGAUUUUGCUGAACAUCCUGACAAGGAUGUCGCUCCUUUCCCAAAUCUACCCCCGUAGCCCCAGUGCACUUAUGGAGAACUGGAUAGCUAUUAGUGAAACAGACAUCUACACAAGUGCAUAGGAGAUAUGGGGCAAGGGGUCCAUUUGGGGAUGUGCAUAUAGACCUAACACAGAAUCCUAUCUACACAUAAUUAUACAGUCCCCUCUCAAACCACGUACAAUCGCUGCACCAAUCCUAGUUUAGACACACUUCUAUUGUUCUGCUGCACUCAGUCUAAUAAACAAGCAGGGUACACAUUUCA